AUGACCACACUGAAAAAUACCGAGGAGCUUUGGGAGCUGAUCUACUGGCCAGGCGUCAAGGGCCGCGGAGAGUACGUCCGCCUAGUAUUCGAGGAGGCCGGUGUUCCUUACGUUGAUGUUGCCGUGAAAGGAGCCCCCGAAUCCCAAAACCCCGAAGGCAUGCAGUCUGUCAUUGACUUCACCUGGAAGGGCGGCAACACGGGCUUCCCGGUGCGCGCCCCGCCGGCGAUACGGCGAGGCGACUUUGUGCUGUCCAACACACCCGUCGUCAUGGCUUACCUGGGUCGGCAGUUUGGUUUGAUGCCCGAUGGGCUGGAGGAUGCAGCCCACGUGGAGCAAGUGCUGGCCGUGGUGACUGAUGCGGUGGCAGAGGGCCGCCUGGCGUUCCAUCCCAAGGACUUUUACGCGAGCCACAAGACUCAGGUGGAGGAGUCCAAGCCGUACAUCAAGCAGUACGGCGAGAGCCGGCUGCCCAAGUAUUUGCAGUACUGGGAGGCCCUCCUAGAGGGGAACCCGGACCCCCAGGCAAGCCGCAAGCUAGCGGGCUCUUCUUCCUUUCCAGGCUUCCUUAUCGGCGGCUCCGUCACCGUCGCCGACCUCGCGGUGUAUCACAAGCGCAUCGCGUCUCGUCCGCGCAUCCAGGCCUACCUGCAGAGCGACCGCUGCCCGCCCUGGGAUAACGACAGCAUGAUGUGA